CUUCCAUUCUCAUUACUAUUAUAUGCUUAAUUCUGAUAACAUGGUAUCAGAGCCUACCAUUUCAAUUUAGCUUCUUCUUCUUUUUUUUGGCUGGUUCCUUUGUAUACAGAAUAUCAGUUUAGUUCAGAAUCUCAGUUCAGAACAUUGUUUCUCUAAGCAGUUCACAGAACCUCUGUAUUCUUUUCAGCUUAGUUUUCCAUAUCUCAAUUUAGUGGUCAGACUGGAUUCUUUCCCGAAGAGCUUGAGUUCAGUCCAGAAUCUUCAGAACCUCUAGGCACCACUGUCUACAAGAAUCUCCAGUACAGGCACUCUAAUUACCCUUAAACCAGAACCUCUAUCAGAACCUUAGUCCAUCUCUGUCAGGUCCAUCCAUCUUCCCUGGCCAGAGAUUUGAUCAGAAUUUUUCCAGAAGACUCGCCUAAGAAGACUCUACCACCAGGUGGACGGACAUCUGUGGACAUCCACAUCUUCGUCUGGUUGUUCGCGCUGGGGUCUCCCAUAUCUGUGGAAAUUUGCUCGUCUGGUUGUUCGCGCUGGGGUCUCGCUUGGGAUGCUUCCUCUCCUUCGCGGAUGAUUCGCCGUUCGCGUCUGGUUAUCUUAUUCUCCGCAUCAGUCAACGCCAAGCUGGAUAUCUUAGUCUCCAAGUUUUAAGUCCACAGUCGGGAACCCUACUGUAAGAUUUCAGAAUAUCUCAUUUUGUUUUAAUAUUAUUAUUGUCUCUUAAAAAAAAAAAAAAAAAAAAAAAAAAAAAAAAGAAAAAAAAAAAGAAAAAAAAAAAGAAAAAAAAAAAUGCCUGGUUCUGACACUGACACCUCCGCAGUAACACAAAGUCAGCCUUUGAUAGUUUCUGAAGUUAUUCCCAUUAAUUUUAAAAUUACUGAGAAUAAACUUUGUGGCUCCAAUUAUCUUGAAUGGAGUAAAACUAUCAAACGUUAUUUAAGGAGCAUUGAUAAAUAUACCCACUUAGUUGAUGACCCGCCAAAGGAGGAGGUUGAUAGAGCUGCUAAUACUGCCUGGCUUCGUGACGAUUCUAGAUUAUUUAUCCAGAUUCAAAACUCAAUGGAGAAUGAGGUAAUGGGGUAUAUUAGUCAUUGCGAUACUGUGAAAGAACUGUUUGAUUAUUUGGAAUUUAUGUAUUCUGGAAAAGGUAAUCUUAACCACAUCUAUGAGGUGUGCAAAGCCUUUUACAGAGCAGAAAUGAAAGAUAAGCCUCUCACGGGUUAUUUUAUGGAUUUCAAGAAAACCUAUGAAGAGCUGAAUACAUUAAUGCCAUUUAGUCCUGAUAUCAAAGUGCAGCAGAAACAAAGAGAACAAAUGGCAGUGAUGAGUUUUUUGGCUGGUCUCACAUCUGAAUUUGAAACAGCCAAAUCACAUAUCUUAUCUAGUGAUGAGGUCUCUUCUCUUCAAGAGUCUUUCACUAGAGUGCUUCGCACCGAUACUUCAUCCACGCCAUUAGCACCUCAGUCAAGCAAUGCAUUUGUAGGGCAAGUUCCGACAUUCACCAGAGGAAGUGAGAAAUAUCCACGUACUGGCCCAUCUGGCAAAGGCGUAGUAUGCAACUACUGUAAAAAGCCUGGACACUUGAUCAAAGAUUGUAGAAAAUUAAAAUUCAAAAAUCAAGGAAAUCAGGUUGCUCACAUUGCUUCCGCUACACAGUCUUCUGAUGGAUCAAUAAGUAUGUCUUCUGAGGAAUACGCCAAAUUUCUUUGCUACCAAGAGACUCUAAAGCAUUCAUCUACUCCUAUCUCAGCUGUCGCUAAUUCAGGUAAUCCAAACACAUGUCUUGUGUCUUCAUCCUCAAAAUGGGUUAUCGAUUCAGGGGCAACAGAUCAUAUGACAGGAUCUGGUGACGAAUCGGGUUAUUGGUAAAGGAUAUGAGUCGGCUGGUCUCUAUCUCUUGGAUACAUCCUUACCCAAAUCCAUCUCUUGUCUUGGAGUUGGAACUGUGUUAGAGGCUCAUUAUCGACUAGGCCAUCCCUCUCUCCCGUUGUUAAAGAAACUUCAUCCUCAAUUUAAUAAGGUGUCAUCUUUACAGUGUGAUUCAUGUCAAUUUGCAAAACAUCAUCGAACUAGUUUAAGUCCCCGAGUCAAUAAACGAGCACACGCUCCUUUUGAACUUGUUCAUUCUGAUGUUUGGGGCGCUUGCCCUGUUGUGUCCAAAACUGGUGUUAAAUAUUUUGUUACCUUUGUUGAUGAUUAUUCUCGUAUGACUUGGAUAUAUUUUAUGAAACGUCGUUCUGAGUUAUUUUC